AUGAGCUCUACACCGCCAUCAACAUCAACACCACCCGUCGCGUCGUCCGCAUCCUCAGCGGCGACCGCAUCCUCUUCGACCGCAGCUUCCGGCUCAUCCACAAGCAGCAAUGCCGCCGCUGGUGCUAAGCCGGUUCCUCGUGAGAUCCCGGCCGUGCUACGUCCCCUCGAGUUCAUGGGCAUUCCCAAAUCAGUGCUCGCAUGGAAGCCGCGCUUGCCAUCGCGCAACUGGUCCAUCUUCCUCGUCACCGUCUCUACCAUCUCCUACCUCUACUACGAUGAUCGUCGACAGUGCAAAAUCAUCCGCCAAGAGUAUAUCGACAAAGUCAAGCAUCUCUCGACCGCACCUAUGAAGCCUGGCGAGUGGCCACGCAAGGUCACUGUAUAUGCCACACGCUCGCCCGGUGACGAUGACUACGAUAAAGCGCUGCGAUACUUCAAAAAGUACGUCAAGCCCGUGCUUGUUGCUGCAGGUAUCGACUGGGAGGUCACCAACGGCACACGUCAUGGCGGCCUGGCACGCGAGCUGCAGAGCAAGAUCCAGGAAAGGAGACGCAAGCUGUUGGGGCUCGAACCUUGGCUGGACGAGACCGCCGCCAUGUCCCAGACUCAAUUCUCGCUCACACCGCAGCAGGAAUUGCAGAGAGAGAUUGACGGUGGUCUUGUUCUUGUUGGCAGACCUGCGUUGAAGGAAUGGGCGUGGGCAUUGAAGAAUGGUUGGUGCACACCGCUCGAAGUGCUCAAACGCGAUCGUGAUGAUGAACUCGCACAGGAGCUUGCUGAAGAUCACGCCUUCGACGAACUCCCCGCCGAGCCUUCUUCGUCGGCCACGACCGAUCGCACAUCUGCACCGAGCGAGUUCCUCGACGAAAAGGACAGAGCCAUCGCCGCACUUGCCGAGUCGGGCGGAGAAGACGACGGUGCAGGUGCUCCGCUUCCAUCGCGCUUCGGUCCGAGCUCUGGUACCAACAAAUUUGGCCAAGCUCCUUACAGCCUUGGCUCUGGCUCCAACGCAUUCAGCAGCAUGAUGGGUCCCUCGCCUGCCGCUGCUGCCCAAGCCGAAAAGAAGCGAGCCAGAAGUGAGGCCGAAGCUGCAGCCGCCCGACUGGACCCGAAACUGCUUGAACCGCCCGAACAGAUCCCCGCCCAACCACCCAUCUGCUUUGUUGAUUUCACCAACCUCAUCGGCUGGCGCAACAUCCCCACACGCAUGUACCACUUCUUCCGACAGCGCGACAAAGUGCGCCACGGCGCCGAGCUCGGCCUGACGAUCGUCUAUGGCACUAAGGAGACCGCGCGCGAGUUCCAGGCUGGUCGACCGGGCACACUACCGGGUCAGGUGAGCGACGUGCCCCCGCAGGGAGGCGAUCUCGACUGGGGUCUGCAGUCCGAGGAGCGGUACACACCUUACUUCCUCAAGUCGGACAAGAACCUCGCCGAAGCACGCGAGAGCUACUACAAGGCCCUGCCUCAGCAUCUCAAGGACGCGCGCGACUUGGCGAGAGGCCUGCGCGAGCCCAGCAAGAUCGAGAAGAACGAUCCGAGCAAGACUGAGGCCGAGCUGCGCGAGCAGCGUUUCAAGAAGGAGAAGGAGUGGAGGAACGGCGAGAUGGGUUUCGAGAUUGUUCGACCCAGCAAAGGCGUCGAGUGGGACGAGAAGUUCCGUGGCAGUCUCAGGGUGUUUGAGCUGUCGAGCGAAGCGAGGCAGCAGAUCGAUCAGCAACAGCAGUUGAGGAAGGAGGCUAGCAAGGAACAGGAGCAGAGGAUGGCAGCUGAGGACAAGAUGCUCAAGGAGCAGCAGCUUGAGCGUCAGAAACAGCUCGAGUCGCAACCGUUGGAAGAGCUGCCCGUUGGCUUAUAA